CUUUACAGUCUGUAUUUUGACCUCAGCACUUUGUACUUACAUUCUGCACUGCUUUUCUCAGUUAUGGGUUUACGUAUACUUCCCGGUAUUAGCCCCAGAGUUGGAGGUGGCAGGGCCCCCCAUGACCCCAUAUUCACUGGUGUUCGAGGGCCCGCACCGGCCGAGACCCCGAGAGACUCUCAUUUAUCUGCGACAGUAUUUUGACACUGUGCGCCCAUCGGAGAUUACAUGGCAGCCUUGGGCACCCUUGGGCGAUGGUCUCCGAUUUCAGUAUCCCGGAGGAUCGGGCACCUCCCAGUACAGGUUCCUGCUCGAAGGACCUGUUGGUAGAGCAUGGUUUCUGGGGGAACGCUUUCUGCGUCAGUUAUGGGGGUAUACUUCUCAGGACCCUCCCGCAGCACCCCCAGUCAGUAUGCGGACUGCUGUUAGGCUCUCUCACCAGGAGGUAGUCGGCGGUAUGCUGGGUAGUGAUGCCCUACUGCACCUCGAGGAGGGGGACUACGCCACUUACCGUCAUACAUAUUUGAUGCCUCCACUGGCGGGGGCUCGCACCCCGAUGACGAGGUCUGCUGGUACGUCAUCUUCGAGCCAGGCCCGGGCUCGGGCUGCAGACGCCCCUUCUACUAGUAGGGCUGGUACAUCGAGAGGUGGGGGUAGAUCGGUUCCUCCGAUUACUCCGACUUAUCCUCAGCCUGGAUGGCCGGACAUGCCGUCCAAGUUGACGGGAUGGCGUUUUGGGACUCCUUACCCGAUUCCGCUAGAGCCUCCACUUCCUGACCAUAGAUAUGUCAGGGAUCCUGAUUCACCACCCGUAUGA